GGUCCAGGCGUCCAGCGGCGUUGCUCUGGGACCAAACCCGCCGGCAGCCACCUGCCGGGCAAAACCGCAAAAGGGCAAAAUUCAGAGCCGUCCGCGCACAUCGCCGCAUCCCCGUGCGGCCGUAUCCCAUCGCAAUGCUGCGCCUCCGGAACCAUCUCUUCUCCGACGUCCGCGCAGCCUUCCCUCCCCCCCACCACCACCCCUUCUCCACCACCACCCCCGCCACUUCUCCCGCCCGAUUCGCCGCAGAGGAAUACCUCGUCGCCACCUGCGGGCUCACCCCAGCGCAAGCGGCGAAGGCCUCCAAGGGGCUCGCCCACCUAAAGUCUCCCGCCAACCCCGACGCCGUCCUCUCCUUCCUCGCGGGCGCCGGCUUCGCCAAAGAGGACAUUGCCGUCGGAGUCGCCAGGUUCCCCAUGCUCCUCUGCUGUAAGGUGGACAAAACCCUAACCCCGCGCUUCGCCCAGAUCCUCAGCAUCGGGCUCUCCCCUGCCCAAAUCUCCCGCAUCACUAGCAUCGUCCCCCAAAUCUUCGUCGCACCAUCCAUGAUUCACCGCAUCCAGUUCUAUCUCUCCUCGCUUGGCACAUUCGACCUGCUGCACGUGGCCCUUAAGAGGUACCCGUACCUCCUCGGUCAGAAACUUGAGGUGGUCAAGCCCAACAUGGCGCUCCUACUGCAGUGCGGCCUAACAGCCUCUGAUGUUGCUGUAUUCGCAAAGCUGCUAACGCGGAAGCCAGAGCUUGCCAAGGAAAUAGUGGCAUGUGCUGAGAAGCUUGGUGUGCCGCGCAAUACAGGGAUGUUCAAGCGCGCCCUGCGGGCUGUGCAGUGCUUUGGUCAUGAUUCCAUCGGUGCAAAAAUGGAUCUCCUGAAGGCGACCCUUGGAUGCUCGGAGGCAGAACUAGCCCUUGCAGUGCGCAGGGCACCACAAAUUCUGACAAUAUCUGAAGGUAAUCUGAGUCGCACAUUGAAGUUCCUGAAGGUGGAUGUUGGGUUGAAGCUUCAGUACAUCUUGCUUAGGCCACCAAUACUAGGCUAUAGCAUGCAGAGGCGGCUUGUUCCCCGGCAUUAUUUCAUCAACAUUCUGAAGGCUAAGGGGCUUGUGAAGGAAAACAUCGACUUUUACAAAGCUGUUUGUAUAUCCGAGAAGAAAUUUUUCCAGAAGUUUAUUGAUCCUCACAGGGAGACUAUUCCAGGGCUUGCAAAUGCUGAUGCUACUGCUUGUGCAGGGAAAAUACCUCAUGGCAUCAAAAUGUAAUAGCUACAAGUAGAGAUACUGAAGUCCAUCCUGCCUCCCAGGACCCAGCAUAUGGAUGUUAAGGCAUAGGCAAUUGAUUUUCAUCACAGAGAGAGAAUCAUUUUUCCACUUGACUACUGUUAUCUCCCUGCGUUCUUUAUGCAUCUAUCUAUGCCAGCUGGUGGUAAAAUGAAGUUGAUUAUUAUGGUUUGCUACCUGAAACAAUUUUGGCUGCUAGACUGCAAUGCCAUUGGCGAGUCUAAUUUGUCAAUGAAUAAUGAAGACAACUAGACAUGUUGCUGUUGCAGCGGCACGUGAGAGACAAUGAAAGGUGAAUUGAUGGUAGUGGGGCUCUGCCUGUACUCUGAGCUACCUGUUGAUGAACUAAUGGAUCUAGGUUCCUCAGCGAACACUAAUUUGUACAACUGAUGUAGUAAUGUCCACCUUUGUGUGCUGAAGUGGAUUUACUUC